UCAAGUCGCAAGCAAGAUUGAAUCAAAAAAAUUAAUGUUGAAGUAAAAGAAUAGUUUAUAAAAAAAAAAAUUAAAAAAAAAAAUUUUGCGAAGCAUUUUUUCUCAAUUCAUUUCACUCUCAGAUCCGUCUUCGCUACCACUUUUUUUGUUUUUUUUUGUUUUUUGUCUUUUUUUUUUUGUUGGAUCCGUAGCAUUCCAUUAGAUUUUUUUUUUCUCUGAAUUACAGUGAAUACUGGAAUUGAGUGCAGCAGAAGAGUUAUCACCAAUUCUGUAAAAAAUAAAAUAAACGGAGUUGCCGUUUUUCAGAGCUUAGAGAUCCAGAUUCCUAAUAUGGAGCCUCCGCAAGGUGGAUCCGACAGAGACAAAUCCAUCUCCACGGCUGCCUCUCCUGUCUCCGUCGUCUCCAAUUUCUGGAAAGAAUUUGAUUUAGAGAAGGAAAAAAGUGUGUUGGAUGACCAAGGGGUUAGGAUAGGUGAAAAUCAGGAAAAUAGCCAGAAAAACCGGCGGAAGCUUGCAGAAAGCACUAGAGAUUUUAAGAAAACGCCAGAGGAGGACAAGUCAAAGUUGUUCAAUUCUCUGCUAAAGAGUUAUCAAGAAGAAGUUGACAAUCUUACUAAGAGAGCAAAGUUUGCAGAGAAUGCUUUUCUUAACAUCUAUCAAAAAAUUUAUGAGGCUCCAGAUCCAUAUCCAGCUCUUGCAUCAAUUGCAGAGCAAGAUCUGAAACUGUCUGAACUAGAGUCGGAGAACAGGAAAAUGAAAGUUGAACUUGAGGAAUUUAGGACAGAAGCAACUCAUCUGAAGAAUCAGCAGGCAACAAUAAGAAGACUUGAAGAUCGCAACCGCCAGUUAGAGCAACAGAUGGAAGAAAAAGUGAAAGAGAUUGUGGAGAUGAAGCAACGCAGCUUGGCAGAGGAGAAUCAGAAAACACUCGAGGCCCUAAAAGAAAGAGAGCAGUUGUUGCAAGAUAAACUACGACAAGAACAAGACAGUUAUUCCAAUAUGAAGAAAAUUCAUGAGAUUGCACAAAGCCAAUUGUUUGAGCUUCGUGCCCAGUCAGACGAAGAGAAAGCAGCGAAGCAAGCAGAGGUGAAUCUUCUGAUGGAUGAAGUUGAACGAGCACAGACACGGCUUCGUAGUCUUGAGAGGGAGAAGGGAGUACUACGCACCCAGUUACAAUCAGCAAAUGAUGAGACUAAUAAGAAAAGUGAUAAUACAGAUGCAAACAGCAUCCUUGAGAAUUCUUUGACUGCCAAAGAAAAGAUUAUUUCUGAGCUCAACAUGGAACUUCACAAUAUUGAAACAGCGUUAUCAAAUGAACGAGAACAACACUUGAAUGAGAUCAAGAAGUUGAAUACGCUGCUCCAUGAAAAGGAUAUGGCUAUUGAAGAGGUGAAGAAAGAGCUUCAGGCAAGGCCAACAACAAAAGCAGUUGAUGAUUUGCGUAAAAAGGUCAAAAUUUUGCAGGCAGUCGGUUAUAACUCCAUUGAGUUGGAAGAUUGGGAAGCACCUACCAGCGGGGAAGAGAUGAGUAAAAUGGAAGCUCUUCUUCUUGAUAAAAACAGAAAAAUGGAACAUGAACUUACACAGUUGAAGGUCAAACUUUCUGAGAAAGCAUCUUUGCUGGAAACAGCGGAAGGCAAGAUAGCGGAACUCACUGCAAAGGUUGAUGAACAACAAAAGUUAAUACAGAAAUUGGAAGAUGAUAUAUCAAAGGGUUACAGUUCUAAAGAUCAAAAAGGCACUCUAUUUGAUGAGUGGGAUCUUUCAGAGGGUAGGGGCACUGAGCUAUCUGAGAGUGUAGACCAUAAAAAUGUUUCCUCAGAUCAAGAACAAAGCUCAAUGCUUAAGGUGAUCUGUAAUCAGCGUGAUCGAUUUAAAGCACGCUUGCGACAGACAGAAGAGGAAAUAAGGCAGUUGAAGGAGAAGAUAGGGAUGCUAACAGCGGAACUGGAAAGGACAAAAGCUGAUAAUGUCAAACUUUAUGGAAAAAUUCGUUAUGUUCAGGAUUACAACAAUGAGAAAGUAGUUUCUAGAGGAUCAAAGAAGUAUGCAGAGGAUCUUGAAAGUGGAUUCUCAUCAGAUGUUGAAUCCAAGUACAAGAAGAUAUAUGAAGACGAUAUAAAUCCUUUUGCAGCUUUCUCAAAAAAGGAAAGGGAUCAAAGAUACAAAGAGUUGGGUUUCAGGGAUCGAAUCACUCUAAGCAGUGGACGUUUUCUUCUAGGCAACAAGUAUGCGCGGACUUUUGCAUUUUUCUACACAAUCGGGUUGCAUAUACUAGUAUUCACCUGUCUCUAUAGAAUGUCAGCUUUGAGUUAUCUUAGCCAUGGUGACGAGUAUGCAGUUGUUGCAGAGAAGACCCUGGACCUCCCACAUGCAAUCUAGGGUUAACCUUUACUAAUAAAUGUCCUAUACAUUUUGUAGAUAUUUAAAAAAAAAAAAAAAAAAAAAGAAGAGAGAGAAAGGGGAAAAUAAAUUAUUUUUUUAUUUCUUGCCAUGGUGGGUAGCGCAAUGAGUAUAUAUGAAUGUAGUGGCCGUAUUUUCACUUACAAUACUUGUACUGAAGCUAUAAAUCAUUUCAUGGUGGUUGAAAGGAAACUCCUGUUCAUUCAAA